CAUAUAGAUUUAUAAAGCAUUUGAUUUGUAUAAAAUCGCUCGAUUGUUUUUUAUACAUUUUAAUCAAUUAAUAUUUUCAAGUCAGUAACCUAUUCUUCGAAUUUUCUUCUUUCCCGCAUCCUACCAUUUUGAAAAUAAUAAAAAAUUAUCGUCAAUGAUUCAUAUAAGACAAAUAUUUAAAUAUGAUUGGAACACAACAAUAUUUUUUGAAAUCUCUCAAGAAAUGUAUUUUACAUCGUUUUUAUCGAAAUAUUUCAAACAUGCCGAUUGACGAUGAAAAAGCGAAAUGUGUAAAGGAUAAAGGAAAUGAGCAAAAAUCGAAAGAAGAAAUGAAUGUUAACAUUAAAACUCAAUUCAAAGAUUAUGAUUCCUUUCUACCAGAUCGCAAAGGUGAUAUAAAAGUUUGUAUGAUAGGAGGCAGCGAAUCAUUGAUGUAUGCGGCUCUUCUUUUGAAACAAUUUCGUCUCAUAAAACAGAUACAUGUGGUAGACACAAAAAAUUCAUUUUCUAAUGCAAUUUUAGAUAUUAAUCACAUUGAUACGUCAACUCGUAUAAAAUGCUUUAAGAGAAAACAUUUGAAACAAGCUCUUAAAGAAAUAAACAUUAUUGCAUUAAUGGAUGAGAUAAAUCCCAAUAUAAAUUUAAAUCUCACUUCUCAAUUUGAGGCUGUCUCUCCAUAUGUGUGUGAAAUGGCUGAACAAAUGGCACAAUUUAAUUCAGAAUCUUUGGUAGCUGUUUUCGUUCGACCAGUUACGGCUACGCUUCCUACAGUAUCAGAAAUUUACAAACUUGCUGGAUGGUGGGAUCCGGAUAGAAUUAUUGGUUCUACAGCGCUUGAUCGUAUGCGAAUGGAAGCAUUAACCGCGAAUCUCUUGGAUUUAAACCCUGCCUUUUUAUCGGUCCCAUUGGUUGGUGGUGCAGAUUUAAAUACUAUUGUUCCUCUUUUAUCAUGUGCUACUCCAAUCAAUCGGUUUACCAAUGCACAACAAGAUAUGUUGUUACAAUCAUUACGUAGUGCGGACAAAGAAAUGGCAAAUAUUGAAUUGAAAAGUCCAACAUUAUCUGAUGGAGCAGCAGCUGCCAAAUUAAUUCUAGCUCUUGCUGGAGGACUUAGUGGUUUUAAGAACAUUAUUUCUUCUGCUUAUGUACGAUCAAAUGUUUUGCCAGUGUGCCGAUAUUUUACGAGUGAAUUGCAAUUCGGUCCAGGCGGUAUACAAAAAAAUUUUGGAUUGCCGAAAAUGUCAUCUACGGAAAUAAUGCUUGUCGAACAGGCAAUUCCUUGUAUUAAUAAAUGUAUUGGAAUGGCAACAAAAGCAGUUCAUUAUAAUAGACAUAUCACAUUGAAAACUGUAUAAAUUAAUUUUUUCAAAGAAUGAAUCAUUUUGUACAUAAAAUACAUUAUUUAAUAAAAAUUUUAUCGUUAGGUAUAAAUUAACUUCUUUAAUAUGAAUGAUUAAAUAAAUAAAGUUUAAAUAAAUAAAGUUUAAAUAUUAAUUAUAAUAAAAAAUAGUAUAAAUGUAUAUAUUCGAUAAUAUAACAAUUUUAUUUAUAUAUUGUUUUUUAAACUAUUUUAAGCUAUUUUAAAAAUAAUAAGUAAUAUAGAAAUUAUGCUUAUAAAAAAAAUAAAUUCUAAAUAAAAUUACUAUUAAUAUCUAUUUUAUUUAUCUAUAUUUUUUUCUUAUUCAUGCGUGAAACGGAUGUUUCUCAUUUAAAAUAUCAUAUUCAAUAACUUAUACAUAAUAUACAUGUGUUCGUAUAAACCUCAGUUUGAUUUGGAGUUUCAAACUGAACGGUAUUUCGACUAGUUAAUGCUUGUUGGCAUGAAUACGAACUAUGGAUGCGAAAAUAUAACACAGUAUAAGUAAAAUAUUUGAAUCGAAGAUAAUAUUUUUACGAUCAACUGGUUUAUUCGUCUUAAAGUGAAAAAAAAGAAUUAUUGACAUCUGUUGAUUCAUUACAUCCAUUAUUUUUAUAUACAUAUUUCGUGCGAAAAUAAAAUAUUCACUUUUUCUAAAAAUGAUGACAAAUCACACAGUGUUGCCGUUCAAAGAAUGUUUAUAAAUGAUUCGAUCUAUAAAUAUCAAAACAAAACGCAGAGGGAUUUAAAUUUGGGUCGAGUGCACAUAGAUCGCCCGGCUAGACUAUUUUAAAAUUGCGUGAAUCUUUUAUUUUGACAUUUUAUGUUUAAACAGUUUUAUAUUCGAUAACUAAAAAAUUUGUCUCUUUGUGGAACAAUUUAUUAAAAUUUUGAUAUCAUGGGAAUCAUAUUAUCAAGAUUUCGU